AUGCAGAUACGCGACCUAUACUUACAGAAGAGACAGAUAAGCCAACGUCUUAAACGUGAAUUGUUUAACUUCACGUGUGAACUUGCACAGUGCCGCGCAGGAGAAACGUUCAUAGUUAUUGUCGAUGGCGUCGAGUGGGUUGCUACAGUGCCACGUCGCACUAAGCCAGACGAUAUAGUGUCUAUGACAUUCUCGGCUGUAGUUGAAGGCACUGAGGUGCAUAGGUCGCUUGUCGGAAUGCUUGGUAGUGGUGCAAAGGAAGAGAGCCUCAAGAGGUACAUCCGUGAAGGGUUGGCUUUACAGACCAGCGAAUACAAGGAGCAAGUCAGAGACAUGAGCCACGACGCCGCUCUGUCGUUCAUCCUGGAACAAGUAAGACGCACCACGCCAGCUGAAGGUCAGAUUGGGUGUGUGGACAACAUGACAUACCAUUGGCCCAUGCGGCCAUGGACUCGACUAUAUGAGGUCAUCAAGAACGCAGCAGCUUUGCCGCCGGCAGCUGUCGAGUUGGGGUUGCCGGGCAGCCAACACACUGCACGCAGCGCGGCUUUGUCUGAGCAUGCCGCUUCAAGCUUCCCACUUCACCUCCGUGCUGCCAGUGUCAUCACGUCACAGGCAGCCAGCGCGGCUGACAGGACCAUGACAACGUCAGAGGAGCCGGUUCAUCGAGGCUUUGGUGUGUGCAACGAGACCAGGAAGAGAAAGCGGGCCCCAAACAUGACCUGGCUGGAGGUGGACGACGAGGAGGAGCAGCAACGGGAGGCGGACGGGGGACACACUUAUACAGAAGAUGCCGCUCCAUGGUAUCCGUGCACGGCAGGACAUAAGGAGGGGGGCGACUCCGCUACUGCGCAGCUGCCACUGCCGGCACCUGAGGACGCCCGUGGCGGCGAGGCGGCUGCUUUGCCAUCCCCAUCGGCUGCAGGACCUGCAGCCAUGCCUGGCCCACGACACACGGCAGGACAUCAGGAGGGGGGCGACUCCGCUACUGCGCAGCUGCCACUGCCGGCACCUGAGGACGCCCGUGGCGGCGAGGCGGCUGCUUUGCCAUCCCCAUCGGCUGCAGGACCUGCAGCCAUGCCUGGCCCACGACACACGGCAGGACAUCAGGUGCACCGCGUGACACAUCACGGGAGCAGCACAAUGGGGUGGCGUGCGUCGGCUGGGGAUGGCACGCAGGAGGGGGGCGACUCCGCUACUGCGCAGCUGCCACUGCCGGCACCUGAGGACGCCCGUGGCGGCGAGGCGGCUGCUUUGCCAUCCCCAUCGGCUGCAGGACCUGCAGCCAUGCCUGGCCCACGACACACGGCAGGACAUCAGGUGCACCGCGUGACACAUCACGGGAGCAGCACAAUGGGGUGGCGUGCGUCGGCUGGGGAUGGCACGCAGGAGGGGGGCGACUCCGCUACUGCGCAGCUGCCACUGCCGGCACCUGAGGACGCCCGUGGCGGCGAGGCGGCUGCUUUGCCAUCCCCAUCGGCUGCAGGACCUGCAGCCAUGCCUGGCCCACGACACACGGCAGGACAUCAG